UGUGUAUCUUCUGAUUUCAACAACACCAAACAAGAACUUGAGUACACGUCCGUAACAUUCUAUCACACUACAACAGUAGUCCUUGGGAAUAUAAUUCUGUCCACUCAUCCAUCUUCUAGGACGUUUAAUAUAACAUGGGAGUUGAAUUACAGAGCGACGAGACUGUUUCAGUAGCACCCGAGGUGGUUCCAUUCACCAACGGUCUUUCACCUCAGAGCUUAUUGCUGCUUUCUUUGGCUCUAGUUGUGGGCUUACUGAUUGUUAUCACAUUUUCUCGGAGAAAAUCAAGGUCCAGAGGCACUGCACUUCUUCUUGUCGGUCCUUCAGAUGCUGGCAAAACAGCAAUACUAUCUACUCUCGCAUUUACUGGAACACUGUCAUCGCACACGUCACUGCAAGUCAAUACUUCUAUCAUGCCUCUCUCACCAGUGGGCAUCCUGCCGGUUAUCGACAUCCCUGGGCAUCCUCGAAUUAGAGAUCAAUUCCAGGAGCACUUAGUGAAUGCCAGAGCAGUUGCUUUCGUAGUGGAUGCAAGUACCAUAUCACGCAAUGGGUCUACAGUAGCGGAACACCUCCAUCAUGUCCUUCAUGCUAUAACGUCGCUUCCUCCUUCACAUUUAGCACCCGCACUCCUCAUCCUCGCCAAUAAAUGCGACCUCAUGAAAACAGCUACGUCUUCAGGCUCUCUCACCGAGGUUGCCAUCUCACGCGUUCGAACUAUCCUUGAACGUGAGCUGGAGAAGCGACGAGAGGCUCAGUCCAGCGGCAUGGGUGUCGAAGGCUUGGGCGCUGAAGGCGAACGUUCUGAUAUGGGAGGUUUGGAUUGUAGUGGCCCUGGCGGGAUUUUCAAGUUUGCCGAUUGGGAAGGAGGAGAAGUUGAUUUUGCAGGAACAUGGGUAAACGUUGGAGAGCUCACGGUUGAUGAAAAAGAGGGAGUGGCCGCCGACGGCCUGGCCUCAUUGCGCAGUUGGCUGGCAGCAACUUUCACUGUGACCUAACUCUCAUGACCGUGAUUUUUUCCUGAUACAAGACACUCAAAACUUGGGCUCAGAUUCUGGAACGGACCAUUAGUAGUUGAAUGUCAGAUCGAUUAUCCAGUGAUAGACUCCGUUGUAGCCAAGUUGUAGCAGUAUGUAAGGUGCCUCGAGUACACAAGUACAAACAAACGAUGGUAUAAAUUCUUUGAAAAUUGCCUUGUUGAU